AUGGAAGAACAAAUAGAACAAGCUGUUUCCUUUGCAUUAAGCCCAGCUAUGGAUCAAAGCCUGAAAACUCGGGCAAUGAACUAUUGUGAACAAAUCAAGGCAUCUCCAGAUGGGUGGAAAUUGUGUCUUUCAUUGUUCGUACGUUUUCCAAAAAGUACUCCGGAGGCUCGUGUUUUUGCUUUACAAGUUUUAGAUGAUGUUUUACAAAACAGAUUUACAACACUAGAUUCUUCUCAAAUUAUUCAAAUACGUUCUACUUUGAUGGAAUUUUUUCAACGAGAAUAUGUCGUUGGCGAUGUAAAUGAUGAACCACAAUAUCUAAAAAAUAAAUUUGCUACUACAUUGACUUUAUUGUUUGUUCAAUUAUAUCCAUCAAAUUGGCAAAAUUUCUUUGAUGAGUUUCUUUUAUUAAUCCAAUCAAAUAAUAUUAAUAUUAAUGGUGAAAGGAAAACAAAUUCUCGUACUGUUGAUAUUUUUUUAAGAAUUUUAUUGUCAAUUGAUGAGAAAGUUGCAAAUAUUGCUAUUUCGAGAGGAAAAGAAGAAGCCAUUAGAAAUACAACAAUAGUAAACAAUAUGAGGGCAGGUGAUAUUCAGAAAUUAGCAACAAUUUGGUAUGAAAUUUUGAAUGAUUAUCGUUUACAAAAUCAAGAUAUUGCACAAAUGUCUUGGAUCGACAUAUCUUUGAUUGUAAAUGAUGCAUUUAUUUCACUUUUAUAUCAAUUAUUAAGUGAUUCAAAAUUAAAAAUUUCUGCUUGUGAGUGUUUGGCUGAGUCCGAUGAUAUAGUAUUUGUAGAACAUGUUGCAAGGCUAACCAAUGUUUUAGGUGUAGAAUUGUGUAAAAUAUGGGAAGGUGCAGAUCAAGAAACAAGAAAUGUUGCAUAUAAUCAGAUAGAAUAUUUACUUGAAUUUUUAUUAAAGUUUCUUGCAGAUGAAUAUGAUGAUACUUCAUCUGCUGUUUUUCCUUUUGUAACUGCAUUUCAAUCAUUAUUAAAAAGACAAAAAAAAAUAGCAGGUGAACUUACCGGUGAACAAAGAGAGUUUCUAGCUUCUUUGUUAAAAGUCGUUAUUAUAAAGAUGAAAUAUGAUGAAUCAACUGAUUGGAAUGGAACGGAUGAAGAAGCUGAGGAAGAAGCCGAAUUUUUAGAAAUGCGAAAAUUCCUGAAACAAUUUUUUGAUGUAAUUCAUAAUAUAGAUGAGCAAAUAUUUACUACAUUUGUUCAUUCAGCCAUAAUUAAUACUUUUGAAAAUUAUCAAAAAAUUGGUAACGAGUUUGAUUGGAGAGACUUAGAGUUGAGCUUACACGUGUUACUUUUAUAUGGCGAGGCUCUUAAAGGAUCAAUGUCAUUUGUGUUAAAACAAAACAAUGAAGUUGUUGCUUUGUCUCCUUUAGGUGAAAUGAUUCUUAAAAUGUUUCAGUGUAACGUUUUUACAUAUCCACAUCCAUCAACCGCUUUGAUUUUUUUUGAAAUUGUUGUUCGUUACUAUCAAUUCUUUGAAGUUCAACCCGAAUAUAUUCCAAUAGUUUUAGAAGCAUUUAUUGAUACGCGUGGUUUACAUAGUAUUAACUUACAAAUUCGUUCCAGAUCUUGGUAUCUUUUCUAUAAAUUUGUUAAAUCACUCAAAUCGAAAAUGAGUAAUUAUGUGGAAACAGUUUUGAGUAGUAUUCAGGAUUUAUUAAUAAUUCAAUUAGACCCAGCUAUAACUGAUGCAGCUGGCGAAAUUUUAUUAGCUAAAGAAGAGGCUAUGGAUAAUACAUUUACUAAUCAAUUAUAUUUAUUUGAAACCGUUGGAAUACUCAUUACAAUUGAUUCUGUUCCUAUUGAAACUCAAAUGGAAUAUUUAAAGGCUAUCGUUGGUCCUUUACUUGCUGAAUUACAGCAAAACCUUGAAACAGGUUCAAAAGAUGUGCGUACAAUUAUCCAAAUACAUCAUUUAAUGAUGGCAAUUGGCAGCAUAGCAAAAGGAUUUCCUGAGGCGUCAAAAGGUGUGGCACAAACGGUCCCUUGGAUUGAUUUUAUGAAACAAACAACUGAAGCUAUUUUAGUUGUUUUGAAAACUCUUAGUAAUUUUGAAAUUAUUCGAGAUUCUGCAAGAUAUGCUUUUGCAAGGCUUGUGAAUGUCCUUGGUAUAGAAAUAUUGCCAUAUCUUCCACCUUUAAUUGACGGAUUGUUGAAUGAAAUUAUUUUUGAUAUUUUAAAUGAAUUAAUUAAUCCAUUGUUCAGAAAAGUUUUUCUUGUUUUAAAUCAAGCACCAUCCGGGACUGAUGAAACUAUUUUAUUUGUAGUUCUUCGAAAAGCCUAUUUAAAUUUUAUUUUAGGAUUAUUAAAUGGCGGAAUGGAUCAAGUUUUGAUAAGUGAAUUGAAUAAACCCAAUUUAGAAAAUAUACUUCAAAGUGUAAUCCACUAUGCUAGUGAUACAUCAGAAAUUAGUUCUCUUAAAAUUUCAUUUAAUAUUUUAUCAAGGGCUAUAAGUUUAUGGGGUGUUAAUCCAUCACAAAUAACUCAAGAUAUCACUACCACCGCCACUGUUACAACCACCAACAAUUCUUCUAAUGAUGCCUUUUCUAGAACUUUAGAAUCUCAACCUUUACCUGGGUUUGAACGUUUUAUGUAUGAACACAUAUUGCGUGUUUGUUUUGAACUUCCGAUGAAACAAUCAUUCGAUGUUGCUGAUGGUCAAUCAUCAGUGGUUUUAGGCGAAAUCUCAAACAUGAUUAAAACUAUGUAUACACUGAGAGGCAAUGAAUUUCUUGAAUAUACAAGGAAUAUUUGGUUGCGACAAGAUCUUGCUGAUGAAUUCUUGCAAGCUUUACAACAAUUAGAUCAAAAAGCUUUUAAAAAAUAUUUUACGGUAUAG